UCCCGGCCCGAUGAUUCCCCAAAGAGACGAAUCAGACGAUAAUUUCACGUGUUACGUGUACAAAAUCGUGCGGACAACAAAUUUACGUAGUAGGAUGUGCAGAUAACAUUGUCGCGGCUGUGCAACAUGCGAUGGUGAGGAUAAGAAGCGGCGAGAGUCAAGCAGUUGCUAGGUCUCGGUGUGAAAAAAGGAAUACGGGCGUAGAAUCGCCGAACAUCGGCGCCAAUGGCCUACGAAGCGCUAUGGCACGAGUACAUGCAAAUGCCCGUGGUGACGCGGGCUUACACCACAGCCUGUGUCAUCACGACCCUCGCAGUGCAAUUGGACUUGGUAUCCCCCUUUCAACUGUAUUUCAAUCCCAUUCUUAUUGUAGAACAGUUUCAGAUAUGGCGGUUAAUAACAACAUUCCUGUUCUUUGGAAAUGUCGGAUUCAAUCUACUAUUCAACAUGAUAUUUACAUACCGGUACUGCCGCAUGUUAGAGGAAGGGUCUUUUCGAAGAAGAACAGCUGAUUUUGUAAUGAUGUUCAUCUUUGGUGGAUUGUGCAUGAUUACUUGUGCGUUUUUUGUCAAUCUGCUCUUCUUGGGGCACGCAUUCACAAUAAUGCUAGUGUACGUGUGGUCGCGACGAAAUCCAUUUGUCAGGAUGAACUUUUUUGGACUUCUAAACUUCCAAGCCCCUUAUCUACCAUGGGUGUUGUUAGGUUUCUCCGUACUGCUCGGCAAUACAAUAUGGGUUGAUCUUGUUGGAAUGGCAGUAGGACAUACUUACUAUUUUUUCGAGGAUGUAUUUCCGCGAUUGAGAGGCGGUUUCCGCAUUUUAAAAACUCCGCAAAUACUUAAGACUUUGUUCGAUGCACAUCCAUUAUUCGACGAAGAUCCGGAUUAUAUGCCACCACCGGAAGAUAGGCCAGGCGGCUUUAAUUGGGGACAGGAAGCUAAUGUACAGUGAUAAAAUUCAGCAGUUCUCAUCUCGCAAGAGGAAAGAUGCUGUUUUUUUUUUUUUACGUCAAAUAGUCCAAAAAAAAGAAAAAAAAAGUGAAAACCGCGCGUUUCUAUCGUUCCUUCGUGUAUUUAGUUUUUAUGAUACAUAAAUUAUUGAUAACAUUCUGUAUGCGUAUUCGUACAAGUUCUUCGCUAUUCGUUUUCGCGUACGGAGUCCAGUUUCUAUCGAAGAUAUUAACUUGUAGAAGCCGCAUCUGAUGUUUCUAGCACUCUUGCAAAAAAUAAUAAUGGAUUCAAAUCGAAUCGAUUUAUAUUAAAUGCAAUAUAUGAUAGAUUCAACAAAUUAAAUCAAUUUAGUAUAAAGUAAACAAGUCGAAAAGUGUUGUUGUAUUUCUCUUUCAAUUUCUUAGAAAGAAAGAGAGAGAUGGAAAGAGAAAAAGAGCGAUAUUAUAACAGAGCGAUAUGUAACAGUUGAAAUUAUAACUGUAAAAAAAAAAAAUUAGUAACUUUUUAGUUUUUUUUUUUUUUCCGGGUACAGGAUGUACAUACACGGGCUGUUUGCAUGUAUGAUUGUAAUGUUGGGGAUAUUAUAUUAUAGUUUAUUUCAACUUAACAUUUGUUGUAGCAAUUUUGAUAAUGAAUAUAGAAAAAACAAAUUUGCGCGA